ACCUCUUGGGUGGUUUGGGUUUUUGUUUAAUUCAUCACAAUGCUCAUUUCAGGAAGUCUUUAUCUGUCAUCAUUGAGAUGAAGGACUACAUGUACCAUAAUGCAUCCUGGUGAACCAGUGCUCUGGUCACACUUUUGCAGAGGAUUCCAGUCAUCUGAAUGCUAAUGAAAACAUAAAAGUCAGGUUUUUAUGGAAAAAAAAAAAAAAGUAUCAGAAAUGCUAGUGGUAUUGCAUACCUUACACGUAUAUGCUGUACUUUUCUAAACGAUAUGUAAAAAAUUUAAAAAAAAUAAAUAAAAAUAAUUGCAGAUAUUAUUCUGAUUUUGCUAACGGUAUUUAGCCCCUGAAAAGCCAAUAAAGAAGCUGAUAUAACAGUGAUAAUAUAUGAAAAAAAUGGGCUUAAAGCCAUUAAUGAUUAACUGAAGACCUUUGAUUGAUUGACUUGGCCAUAAGAUUACAGGUGUCUUUUUUAUUACACAAGGCGGUCGUCCUAGAAUCUCGUUAACCAUCAUUUGGUACCUCUACCCACCAGCUAAUUCUUUUUCAUUUGUUGCAUUGUGUGUGUGUGUGUGUGUAUGUGUGUGUUUUCCCCUUUAGAAUUGUUUCCUUUCUCACUUCUGCGGAGGUCAUUACACAUUUCUGGCCAGUGCUUGAAGAAGACCCCUCAGAAUCUGACAGGGAAGACUGUUGCGGAGCAGCGUUGGAUGGUGAGACAGCUCAAAGACCCCUUUGUGAAGGAGGCUCAGGUGCAGAAUUACCGCUGUCGCAGUGCGUUCAAGCUAUUGGAUAUCACCGAGAAGCACAGGAUCCUGCAGCCCGGACUCAGCGUGGUGGACUAUGGAGCUGCGCCAGGGGCAUGGAGCCAGGUUGCGGUUGAAAAAGCUGGAGCUGAUACUGAAGUCCCCACUGGUUUUGUGAUAGCGCACUUUCUGGCUGAUUCGGAUGUGACUGACCCAGCAACCCAAAACAGACUACAGGAGCUUCUCCCUGCACACAGGGCGAAUGUCAUCCCCAGCGAUAUGGCACCCAAUGCCAGUGGCUUUAAAGAGAUGGAUCACGAGAGGCUGAUCAGCAUGUGUCUCUCAGUGCUUGACCUGGCUGAGAAAGUGCUUCAGCCUGGGGGGACAUUUCUAUGUAAAUGCUGGGAUGGAGGACAAACCAGCUUGCUCAAAAACAAGCUUGCUCAGUCCUUUCAGGACAUAAGGACUAUAAAACCACAGGCCAGUAGGAAGGAGUCUGCUGAAAUGUUUUUACUUGCAAAGAAUUACAGGAAGAAAUGAUCAGCAGUUUUGCUUUCUUUUUUAUAUAUCGAAAAGUUACAUUUUAUUUAACGUAUUUGUUAAGAGGUAUCCUUGCACUAAAGUGAAGCUUGUAUGAAAGUGUACUGUACAAAGGAGAUGUGUUCUUACAUGGAAUAUGAAAGAUAUCAUGAUCAAAUCUGAAAUAUGUAAAAUAAAGAAAUAUUGGGUGUCAGCAUUAUAUCAAGUGCCAUAUGUUCUUUUCCAGUAGGUAUUAAAUUUUUCCAUUACAUAGCAACAGGACACAGAGGAUUAUUAGCCAUUCUUUAUAAUAGUGCAGUACUGUAGAUAAAUAUUUAAUGUUCUUCAAAUGAACACAAAUACUUUAAAGGCUGUAUUGGCAGCUGUGUUUUUUUUUUUCGUAAUAAAGAUACGUACUGUAUUAUGUGUUAUAGAGCCCAAUUCCUUUAAAUAGACAUUUCAAAACACAGGAGAGAAUUUAAUUUACACAACCUGUAAGCCGCCUUUCAGAGGUUUGAACUUUGUCUCGACCUUAUCACAUAGCAGGGAAGGAACUCCCAACCCAAUUAAGGAAGGGUAGAAUACAUACCUUUGAGUGAAACUGACUUGAUUACAUUCUUGAAGUUUUUUGAAGCUAAGCAAAAACAGAUUUUUUUUUAUUUUUCUAUAAUAUACUGUAGCAAUGGUAUUCUAGGUUGCUACAGUGUA